AUGGAUCUGCUCAAGAGUCACCUGCUGCUCCUGGCCAUCGGAGUCUGUCUAUGUGCCGGAGUCCAGGCCACUCUGACCAUCCAGAAAACCCUGCCAGCUCUUCCGGAUCCCAGUCAGCUGCUGGCCAAACUACCACCAAAGCCCGCUUUUCUAUCGGAUCCCAGUCAACUACUGGCUAAGUUGAGCAAACCGAAACUCCAGUUGGAUCCCAGUCAGCUGCUAGCCAAACUGCCACCAAAACCGGCCUUCUUAAAGGAUCCCAGUCAACUGCUCUCCGCUCUGCCCUCGAAAUUCAUCAAACCCAAGCCUGUGUUUGUGAAACCCGUGAUUGUCAAGCCCGUGGUGGUGAUUAAACCAGUCGUCGUCGGCGGAGGAGGUGGAGGUGGAGGUGGUGGAGGAGGCGGUGGCCAUGGUCAUGGACACGGACAUGGACAUGGACAUCAUGGCAAGAAUAAGGUUUAACUUGAGAUAGCUAUACGAACGAUUAUGAUUUUAUUAAGGUGAUAUAUAAAUAAAUCAAUGUGGUUACAACGAAA